UGCGUGGUGUGCAUCAAUUAGAACACCCACGUUAGGCGUUGCGCUGCACGAGAUACUUUAGGCAGUGUGUUAGGGAUGGAUACGGUGAUAGAGGCUCAAAGAAAGCUACUGGAGGAGAGGGAAAGGGUGGAGGAAGCUCUCGUGAAGGAAAAGAUGCUCAAAAAGCCUAACGUGAAAGACCAGAUAAACUCAGAGCACCGGCAGGUGGGGCUGGUGGAGAGGUCAGUGGAGUGUGGCAAGAGACUGGUGGAGCUCUACCAUGACAACGAUGGUCUGCGUCAGGAGGAGAUAGGGAUUAUGGGAGGACCUGACGAGUUUGCCGAGUUCUACCGUCGGCUGAAACACCUCAAAGAUCACCACCGCAAGUAUGGAGGGGAAGGACAGACAGAGGAACCAAUGAUAAUGGAGUUCAUGAAACUAGAUGCUGAAAGAAAAAAACCUUCUCAUGAGCUGCAGAAUCUGGUCCAUUUUACAGACGAAGAGUCGUAUGGCAAAUUUCUUGAUCUCCACCAACUUCACGACCUCUUCUGCAACCUCAAGGGAGUGGAGCGGGUGGACUACCUGACGUAUCUCCAGUCAUUUGACCGACUGUUUGACAUUCCUAAGGAGAGAAAGACCCUGGAAUAUAGGAAGUAUGUAUAUAACAAUGUUUUACAGCACAGUACAGUGUACGUGUAUAAUGUAGUGGGGUAUAUUCAACAUUUUUAACCCUCGGCGCGCAUGCAACAAAUUGCUAUAAGAGAUAUUAUUAUAUGUACAGUAUUGAACCUUCCCCACUCAAGUAUUGGGUGUGGCCUGAUGGAUAGAACACUGUGCACUAGAUCGUGAGGUCAGCGGUUCGAUCCCAACCACUACCCUAUGCUGCCCCUUACAUCUUUGUCUUAUCUUCCCUCUCAUCUGUCAGAUACCUAGAAAAACUACUGGAGUAUCUCUCUGGCUAUAUUGGGAGUGUGCAACCCCUACUAGAUCAGGUAAAACACUGUCUGUGAUGAGUUAAUGAUGAUGUAUGUAAUUUGUAUGACAUCAUCCCCCAGUCUAAGAUAGUGUCGGAGGUGAAACGAGAUGCAGAGGAGAAGUGGUCCACAGGGACUUUCCCUGGCUGGAGGAAGGACACGGGGAGUGCUAUGGCCAAACAUUCCGGAGCACACCUCGACCUCUCGGCUUUCUCUUCCCCCGAGGAGCUGAUGUCAUUGGGUUUGGACAGACUGAAGUCAGGACUUAUUGCUCUGGGCCUGAAGUGUGGCGGGACUUUGGAGGAGAGAGCUAGGAGGCUGUUCUCAACCAAAGGGGUUCCUCUGGAGUCCCUGGACCCUGCUCUCUUUGCCAGAUCCAAAAACCCACAGGGAAAGUUCCAGGAAAAGCAAAAGGAAAUUGCUCUUAUUGAGGCUCAAGUAUACCGCUUUACUGAGAUGUUGGGGGAGCAGCGAGCGGCGACAAGGGAGGACGUUGAGCGGAGGAUGGCGCGGACAGCGGACGAGUUGCUGGAAGAUCAGGAAGAAGAGGAGGAGGAAGAGGAAGUGGAGAGUGAACCAGACGAUGAUGAGGUUCCUUACAACCCCAAGAACCUCCCUCUCGGCUGGGACGGCAAGCCAAUUCCCUACUGGCUAUACAAACUGCAUGGUCUGAACAUCACAUACACCUGUGAGAUAUGUGGAAACGCUACCUACCGAGGACCUAAGGCCUUUCAGAGACACUUUUCUGAGUGGCGCCAUGCCCAUGGUAUGAGGUGUCUUGGUAUUCCUAACACGGCCCACUUCGCCAACGUCAUCAAUAUCGAGGACGCCAGAGCAUUGUGGGAGAAGAUCAAGAUGGGUAAAGUAGAGGAUGCCUGGGCAGCCGAAAACGAGGAGGAGUACGAAGACUCGAUCGGGAAUGUCGUUAACAAGAAGACUUAUGAGGAUCUUCGUCGCCAGGGGUUGCUAUAGUUACCACAUGGAUUGCAAGAGGAUUUGUCUGUAUCUGUGCCUUAACACUAAUAAUUUACUGGAACACACA